GGCGGAGGAGGCGCCGCCGCGGGGCCCCCGGACGCGACCAUGUCGGAGGUGCUGCCCUUCGGCGACGAGAAGCUGAGCCCCUACGGCGACGGCGGCGACGUGGGCCAGAUCUUCUCCUGCCGCCUGCAGGACUCCAGCAACUUCUUCGGCGCCGCGCAGAACAAGCGGCCGCCCAAGCUGGGCCAGAUCGGCCGGAGCAAGCGGGUUGUUAUUGAAGAUGAUAGGAUUGAUGACGUGCUGAAAAAUAUGACAGACAAGGCACCUCCCGGUGUUUAACUCCCCCAAAGACAAUGAGUUAAGGGAGAGAAUAAGAGUAAGAACGGCGGUAACAGUUAUUGGCAAAAAGCGUGAAAAGAGAAAGCACGUUGCAGUUGGUGACUAGCUCGCUACCCAGGAUGAAGUCAACAACCUGUGUCUCUUGUCAGGCCGGGAGACAGAUGAGGCGUGAGAAGGAGGAGGCGGCUCUGGGCUUCUCUGCAAAAAUAAAAAUUAAAAAAAAAAAAAUCUAAAAAAUCACUAUAUACACACGUGUAAAGAAAUAAAAGAAGUCUCAGUUGCAGCUAUUUGUCAAAAUUAAUAUCCAUUUUUUUUUCUAUACAGUGAAUUUGCGCAAUUAUAGAUCUGGAUUUUGAACCACUUAAAUAAUGAAACAGCAACACCGAGUGUUUUGGGGGUGUUGGCAUUCUUCGCUGAUUUGGCUGUUCCGGAUGUUUACAUUAUUUAAUCUUGCAAAAAUGAUUCUGUGCACUUGGAUGUGAAAUGCUGUCCAGUUUUAUUUUUUUAUGUUGUUAUCCUUGGAUGUACAAAAAAAAUCAGAAAGUGAUCUCUAUAGAUACUCUGUUUUAUUUUGGUUAGCUUUUGAAGUUAUCAGGACAUGUUGAAAAUAAGAAGAGAACUUUUCUAAAGAAGGAUACACAGAAAGGAUCCUUGUUUUAUUUUAAAAUGAAUUGUAAAGCUUGUGUUUCUUUGUCGCUGCAAGCUAUUUGCCCAAGUUAAUGCAAAUGGACACAUUUUAUAUGUCAAGGAAAAAAACCCAUGAAAAACAAAGAAAAAAAAAAUGCUUGAGCUUUUUCUAACCUCUCCCUGCAGUCUGUUGUGUGAGCAGCCUGUUUUUUUCUCUAAUAUUGUGUCAGUUUAUUCUCUUUAAUGGACUGUAAAAAAAAUGUAAUCACAAGAGUGCCAAAUAUCUUGAAAUGCCAAAAGGCAUUUUGGUUUCCUUUCUUUUCCCUGUGCUCUGAGUCCACGUACAGGAAUGCUUGGAGUGUCUUUUCUGUUAUUUAUAGGGUUCUCUUAAGGCACACCAGCUGCCUGUUUUGCAUGGUAUUUGCAAAAAUGCCUCUUGCGUGAGGAAAUCUUUUACCAUUUUUUGUUUGCAACUUUGGACCUCAAGAGGUUUCUUCCUUCCCUCCCCUGGCCCCUCUUUUCUUAACUCGAUAUUCUGUAUGUUGCACCUUUGACCAGCACACAGGGCUAUCUCUCCAAUGUACAAUAAAAGAACUGUUCCUGUGUCUCGCUCCUCUUUUCUCUGCCUUGGUUCCCGGGGACUUGCUGUUUGGCUGCUGCUUGCAGAGAGGAAGGAGGCACCUGUAGUUGUGGUCUGGAGGCAGAGCAAGGCGUGGAGGGCACUAUGUAGGGUGGGCUGAAGCGAUGGGAGAAAGGAGUGCAGCGGCUGGAGUUCAUUUGGCUUUGCGCAGGCUCUCCCUGUUCCUCUGAGGUUUCUGCCAUCUCUGGGGAGCAGGAACAAGGGGGGGCCCUAUGUUUGGAGGCUGGCAGACUUAGAGGCAAAUCUCACCUCCUUCAAUUCCCUGCUCUGUAGACUUGAGCAAGCCCCCUCACUUCUUUAAAUCUCAGUUUCCAAGUCUGUAAGGUGGAGAUAACGCAGCCCCUAUCUCAGAGCUGCUGGGAGGCCACACGCAACUCCCAGGGUCACCUGUCCUGAAUGGUGCCUGUCCUGUCCGCCGCACCUGUACCUUUGAGGGGAUGAGCCCAGUGGGAUUUUUCUGGGACCCACAGCUGUGAGGUCGCAGCCCUCCCCACUUGGCAACUUUUCUCCAAUCACUGCAGGAAAAAGCUCAUUAAAAAAAAAAAAAAAAAAAAGCAGGGCCUCCCUGGUAUCACAGGGGUUAAAGACAGCGCUAUCAGGCUAUUGGCAGCCACUGCAGCACGAGUUCGAUCCCCAGCCAGGGAGCUACCCACAUGGCGCGGCAGACCUCUCCUACCCUGCCCGCUGCUCCCCUCAGCAGUGUAUUUCAGUGGAUCCACCUAUUCUGUUCCCCACUCUGUCUCUGGUGAAUCCUCUCACCGCACCCCCUCCCCGCCCUGCACCUCUGGCUUACACCCUAGUUCUUGUAUGCAUAAAUAAAUAAAUCUUUUCAAAAAAAAAAAAAGCAAACCUCAGUCCCUUUCUGUGGUUGGGAAGGUUAUGGUGGAGUGGCCCCUAGGGGACAAGAGGAUGGGAGGAUUUUGCCAGAAAAAGGGCUGGGAGAGGUUUUUCUUCUGGAUUGUUUAGCACCCAGAAGCCCCAGUGCUGGGAGCUUUUAAUGUGUUUGUUGUAAAACUGUCAGGCAUGGAGUCACAACACGGCUCACAGUGACAGGAGCCUGAGUGUGACUCAGACAUCAGGUAAGACAGGGCUGGAGGGGGGGCUCCAGAGGCCCAGGGGGAGGAGUGAUGUCUCAUCCCCCUUCCAGGCAGGGGGAGCCCAGAUCCGCCUGAGGACGCGGCAGAGCUCCUCAUAGGGCUCGUCAUCCUAUCAGUCAUUAUUAGCAGUGGUGUCAAGCUGGAGCGGGCUGUGCCAGGAGGCCAGUUGGGGAGGCCAGCUUGACUCUCUCAGUUGUGUGAGUCUGUUUCACAGCUGAGCCAGGCUCUCCCCUGCUGACUCCCCAGGAAUCCCAGUGCUUCGGAGCUUAUGGGCCUUUGAACACAAGGAUCUCCCCCAGGAGAUCUCCCCAUAAGGCAGAAGGGUGCUACGCAGACAGGAGCAGGCACAGCUUCUGUUUGGGGUUGGAGCCAUGAGAGAAGAUUCUUCCAGAAGGCACGGUCUCUGUUUGCACCCAGAGUAAUGACCACUCACCUGAGGAAAGCACUGUGCAAUUAUAAAGUGCUUGCCCUUCCCUUCCCUCACGUAAUGGCCCCAGCAACCCUGGAAACCAGCAGUGAUUGACACCCAUUAGCAGCACCCCAGAGGGGCUAAAAAGACCAGGCAACAUCUAUAUUCACUGAGCUUUGGGUGUAUGACCGGCUCACAACAGCCCUGUGAAGUCAGCAUUAUCGUUAUCACGACCACGCAGGGCUCAGAGAAGGUGAGGAAUUUGAAUGAGGUGUCUCAGUUGCUAAGUCUCUGAUGCAGGACUCGAACUCAGAGCCCAUGGUCCAGGAUGGGCACGCAGAGUCUUCUGACUCCAGGCCAGGCUGGGUCCUAGCUGCAGCCAUUGGUCUUCAGCCUUCCAAGUUCCUUCCGUUGGUUGUUUUGAGGCUCUGUUCUCUGACCCUUCUGCCUACCACCCACCUUUGUAAGGGUCAGAAAGGAGG